UUGUGCUUGGGUGAUUGUGCACUGUUUACACUGUGUUGUAUGGAUGCAUUCAUGAGUUCUUCUUUUCAUCUUGAUGCUGGUAGCGCAUAUUAAUGGUCUUCCAGAACGUUAAGGCCGUCUGAUAUCAACAAUGGCAACAACCAUCCGUCCAUCACGACACUCCGUCCAAGACUCUCCUGAUGUAACCACAGAGGGCGCAAGUCACCAUGUCUGCUGACCUGCUCAGGACAAAUUCCUCCCGUGUGAGGACUCCUUCUUCCGCUCCCAUCAGUGGUCGUCUUUCAGCUGGUUCCAGUGACAGCUGUAGCACAGUGAGCAGUGCCAGCUCCACCGGUUCCCAUCGGAACAAGAGGCUCCUUAAGACGUACCACGACUUUGCUAUGCAAAUCUUCAACCCCGGCCAUGCACAAGAUGUUGAGAACCUGUUUCUGGCGGCGGCGCGAGACGGUGAUUACACACGGGUGGAGAAUUUCUUACGCAGGAGGAGUCACGAGAUUGUAAACAUUGAUGUUAAAGAGAAGAGAACCGGCAACACUCCUAUCUUAUGGGCCGCCAAGAACGGUCACCUUAAGAUAGUCCAACUUCUUCUCAAAUAUGGUGCUGAUAUAACGAUACGUAACUAUGACAAUGAGACUGCUUUGGAUGUGGCCAAGCCAGGCGUCCAGACCGCCCUGCUGCAGUCCGUUGAGCGCAACGGCUGCACACCACGCCACCUGCUGCAAGCUGCGUGGCAGGGGAAUAUUGAGGUAGUGCAGCGAUUAUUGAAUGAGAGUAAGGUGCUAGACAUUAACUGUCGAAACGCUGACGGCUUCACUCCGCUGCUCCUUGUCACCAGGGAUGUGGACCUCUUCGAAAAGAUCGGCACAGUACUAGAGAACUACAGUCCGGAAGCCGUGGUCCGAGAGCUUCUCCACCAUCGAGCCGACCUAACCACUCCCGACUCCGAAGGAAGGACCCCUCUCCACUUUGCCGCCUCCUCCAAGUCUAAGAUCUCUGAGGAGAUUGCGGUGAUCCUGAUGAGCAAGCCUGUCGGCAUGGAGAUGAGGGAUAGAAGAUCCUUGGCGCCUAUCCACUCCGCGUCUCAGAGCGGACAGGUUGAGAUUUUGAUAGCGCUACUUGAGAAUGGAGUUGAUGUAAAUGCUAGAGGGUAUGCUGGAUCAACGCCGCUUCAUGUUUCAGCUUACUCAGGUCAGCUUCAAGCAGCCACCAAACUGCUUGAUCGAGGAGCUGAUGUUACUUUAGUCGAUGACAGCGGGAACACUCCCGUUGAUGUGGCCAAAACGAAGAAACUUAAACAUGCUCUAAGAGAAGCGUGGACAGAGGCUACUCAAGCUAAACGUGACAUGGUGCUAACUCCAGUCAAACCCCCCUCCCGUAUGGCAGAGAGUUGGGGAACUGGUGAUGACAGGAGUACCAGUGAUUCCAUGGGGGUUACUCCGAGACCUGGGUCGUCUGUCAAUGCCACACCAGAAAAACGUAUAAUUCGUAAGAUGACCGAAGCUCACAAAGCAGUACUAGCGGAGGAACAGAUGUUACGUGACAUAGACAGCGGUCGAUUCACUCCGAGCUCGUUGCCACGGAAACUCGGUCUUCCCCGUGCCUCCUCGAGGUGUGGGACUCCAUCUUCUGUGAAACUCCCCGCUCCUCCUAAGACGCCAAGAGUCUUGGAGUAUUCUUCUGGACCGGCACCGGGAAACUCUCCUGAGAAACCCAAGAAACCUGCUUCCAGGUCAUUAUUUGGAGGGCGGCCACGGACGAACACAAUACCAGGGAGUGAGAGCGAUGCUCAGUUGAGACAACAGAAGACGAGAACACAUGCCAAGCUCGGCCAAAGACAUUCUGAUCCUGUUUCCAAGGCAACAUCUGAUGUCUCUCAGCUGCCUGUGACUGUCGUUGGACUGGAUCUUGACGAGAAUUUUCAAGACAUGAGAUUUCAGAGGUUGGUAACCGGCCCGCUCAACCCAUUUUUGGAGAGGCGACGAAGUCAUGAAAAAGUGGAUGCCUCGAUCAACCCCACACCACCAACUGCAGAGAGGAGACUAUCAGCGGGAAGGAGGGGGUCAAAUCCCAGUGUGCUUGAUCUCACUGGGGCGUGCAUUGACUACAUUAAAAAAGGUCGUAAGUUCCAGAGAUCAUCGAGCAACUUUAGCAGUAAUACAAGUGGAGAUGAAGAGUCUGGUAACUCGCCUCCUAAGAGAGCUCCAGUGAGAUCAAACAUGCAGAUACAUCCAUUAAAUCUAGAACAAAUGCAUCUCCGUCUAAGCACCCCAAGCCCCAUGCCAGACACCGUCCAUCUCUUCAACCCAACGUCUCGUCACGUCCUUCCACCUUCGCCCUCCCACCACUCUGAAAACGUCCAAGAAACGAUCUUUGAAUUUGAGGACGAAGACGAGCAACCAAACAACGAUCAGCUUCUUCAGAGGAGUAUGUACAAUCUGGACAUCAAAGGGGAGUAUAAUACCAAUGGACAGCUCAUGCUAAGCAGGACAAAAUCCAUCUUGGAUCCUCUGAAAACAUUCCGCAUUGAAACGACACGUAUUAGUCAGCAGAAAGAGGUAUCGACAGACUCGGGUCAAGGGUCAACAAGCAUCUCCUCAUCGUCAGCGAGUACGUUCUCCACUCCGAGUCCGCUGUUGCGUUUUGACAGUGAGAUGCAUCUUGUAAAAAACCCUGUGAAGAAUCGUCUCGGUGUGAAGAUGACGCCGUCGGCGACGACGAUCAGAGAAGACACAAAGUCUGCGGAAAGCAGAGCAAAGACAAUACCCACAAGUGCAACAACUCAAAUUACUCUACACACUGCUGUAACUUCAGUUGAACCAAACACUAAUAGCAGACACGUUCCCCUGGUUAAGCAACAGCUGCAUACAUCUGAAGGUAAACAGGAAUUAGUUGAGAAGGCCAGGCGAAAGACUACCUCACAAAAUUCUGUACCUGGUUCGGAUAAUAAGACAUCAAGAACAAAUCCAAAAAGCUCAGGUAGUUCAUCUGGAAGUGUUCUUGAGAGACAAGUUAGUCUUGAAAAGGCGAGGUUGGAUGAGAACAUCGUGGCCUUGCAGAAGGAGGUUGAGGCAAAGAACACUCGAGAAAAGCUGCAACUGUUGCAUGGCAGCUCUGUGAAACAGGGUACUAAACCAGAAAAGGCUGAUAAUGGAAUGAAAAAUGAAACAGCAGCUGAUGAAAAAGUUACAAAAUUUGCAAGUAAAGUCAAACAGGAAAAGGAUGUUGAUUCUAAUGUGCUUGUAAAACAACAAGUUGGUAGCAAGACCCCAGGUUAUCAGGACGCUACGGAUACCAAACGUAUACAAGGAUCUAACUCAGUCCGAUUGAACUCAAAUACAAAACCUUCAGUAAACUCUGAAAACAGCAAAAGCCCUUCGAGGCAAACGAGUCGAGAAGACAAGCCAACGACUCUUAAAGGAGACUCUGUGAAUAAAAGUCAGAGCAAUUCCCAGAGUAGCUCUGAGAAUGAAAGGACGAGUGCAGAGAGAUCUGGAAGUCAAGAAUCGAAAUUACUGUUUGGGAGACUGAGUGGUAAAAGUUCUACCCCAAAGAAAACGGAUUACAAAUCUGUAAAUGAUAAAUCAGGCGCUGAAUUCAGAAUCACUAGAAAAUCUGUCGAAGCUGUGAAGAAAGACAGUAAAAUAUAUACCUCAAAGGGAGAUUCGACGAAGAGGUCGCUGAAAACCUCAGAACUAACGAAACAGGGUAAAUCGGAGGCAUUAGUAGAGAAGGCGAUCGUCAAAGCGGACACCCCUGACUUUAAAAUGGACUUGCUCUCUGCGUCCGGCGAGAUGCCAAAGGUCAGUCCGAGGCCUGGAUAUAAUCAGGGUUCUAAAUCACCGGCAGGGUCAGCAGAGAAAGCCUCGCCGAGGAUUCAGGCCUCCAAGGGAGAACCUUCCCUCUCGAAAAGUUUUGGGUCGGGAAAUAACUUGAUCAAGACUGAAAUAAGAAAUGUUAAUCAUGGCGUUAAGCUUUCUCCAAACACAAAAUGGACUGUUUCGUCAGAUGAAGGGGUUGGAUUAGAGCUGGAGGAGCUGAUUGAAAAAAUAAACGUCAGUAACGAAAGAGCUCAAAGUAAACAGACCCAAGAAGAUUCAAAAAAGGUAAAACCUGUGACAAAAUCUCCAGCAGUUGGUCCUGGGAAAGCGAAAAGGAAGAGCUUUAUACCAGAUAUCAUCAAGAAAUCGGCAAUUACCGAUACCAAAGUCGCUAAACAUCUCCUAAGAGAGAAGGAUAUCAAAGGAAAUUCAAAAACGGCAGAACUUCAAUCGGAAGGAAGUGUAAAAUCUGACUGUGCUGAGAGCGUUGAGGAGGUUUAUGAGGAGGUUGUGUUCGUCUCCGAUGAAGAGAAAGGUGAAAACGAAGAGGGAGUUAAAUUGUCUUCGUCCGAAGAUGCAGUGAAACUACAAUUUAAGGAAAUUACUGUUAGUGAUGAGAAGAAAGCGAUUGCAAAGAAAGUACCUCGGAGUAGGAAUGUCCCAGCUGGGAAACCGCCGCCAAGAAAGCAAUCCAAAGAUCCCGGGAAAGGACAAUCUAAGUCUGCCAUCAAGGCCGUCGGCAAAUCUGUCUCAGAUUUGAAAUCCAAAGAACAAAACAAAAAACCAUCAGAGGUGCUUUCAAAGGAACAGUCCGUAAAUGAUAGAGAAACUGUUGUGAAUGAAGUGUCGGAAGAGAUGAAAGAUUCACUAAGCCCCAAGAGUCCUCAUCUCCCGAAACCAAAGGUGACCAACUUUCACUUUCACAAGUUCAAAUCACCAGAGGUUUCUCCACGCAGUGAUUCCUCGUUCGAAACUCCUCGAGAUCCAAGAGUUAUCGUAGAACACACGCCAGUCAUCACAGAUAUUAUGGAUAUCAUUCCGUGGAAGCCAAGAAACCAGGUCACCUCUACAAGUAGCUUGCCCACUUACGACAGACCUAGUACGCAUUCCAAAUCCCGGAAGCGGAUUGUCAGCAGUAAAGAGGCUCCUAGAAAACCAGCACUCAAAGGAAGUCUUAGGAAGAUCGCCAUCAUCGGGCAGAGCUCCCAGAAAGGUAGAGGGAAGAAUGGGCGACCGGGUAGUGGGGGGAAAGUAGGGAAGCUCGGAAGUGGAGGUAAAACUCGUCCGAAGAAGAAGCAAGAUACAGAUGCAAUCAGUCUGCAGAAGAAAGCCAAGACCAAGACAGGUGGGAAGGCAAAAGCCAAGACCUCCUCAAAACAGGGCAAGUUACACCUCCUCAGCGAAUCUGACUCGACCACAAAAGCGUUCAUUACAGGGCAGGGUUGGCACAUCCAGACGAAGAAAAACGAAACAUCCGAUAUCAUCAUUCAUGACCGCUCUGCUUUCGACAGUUCAUCAGACUCGUCGUCAGAGUCGGAUGCCAUGCCUGCUGUCAACAAGGGUGCGAUGCUUAGCCCUCACAACACCCUAAUGCUGAAUGAACUAUGCAGGCUUCAUCCGUUGAGCCCCAACGUGAUCAAAGACAUUGCUAAUAUCAUGAGUCCAUUAGAAGUUGAUACACCUCACUUUAUCCCCGACACAAUGGGUGCGAUCAAACAGUUUGGCGACUCUCUGAAGAGUGACUGCUCCUCUGAGAACGACCUGAACCGGGCGAACAUAAAAAAAAAAUUCAAUUUUGAGAGAGAGAAUGUAGAAAGGUUAGACGAUGGAACAGUUGAUCCUCGUAGAGAGCCGUCUUCCAGUCGUGAACAGCAGAUCACCUCUGCCAUUAAAACAGCUUCCCCAAAUCAAUCUGAAUCUGAACAAGUAUUAUCUGAAAAGACUAUUCCUCAUCAAUCUGAACCUGAACAAGUAUUAUCUGAAAAGACUAUUCCUCAUCAAUCUGAACCUGAACAAGUAUUAUUUGAAAAGACUAUUCCUCAGCCAAAAGAACCAGGUCAGCAAGACUUCCCUCUUGCGAAAAUCACUGAUGAUGAGAAAGUUGAAAGCGCUACCCCAAGAAUUAUCACCUCGGGAGCAUCAGGCAGUCAGACAGAGAGAAGUGACGUUAGUUAUGGAGGGGAAGAUGUAUCCUCAUACGAAACAAAUCCAGAGUUUCUUAAAGUCUUCAGGAUACGUGAUCAUGAAACAAUUGAGAAUGCAGAAACAAAUGCUAAUACAAGUGACUUGUCUAACCAUCAGGAGAAAGUUGUGAAAGGAUCUGUACCUUCAGAACUCAACCAAGGGGAGGGAAUCGAGAACCAAAGUACCGAGGAGAAAGACCCAACAGCAGAUAAAAUCUCUCACAAGCCACCUCUACCUUCCAGGACAAAUGUUAUCAUCUCGGAGCUUACCAGGGUCCCCCGAGGGAGCAUCAAGAGAAGACACAGUGAGCCGCCAACUAAAGUAGUUGAGAAAAAGAAAAAUGCUGAUGAAGAGAGCGCAGCUGAUGCCAGGAAGGUUGUCAAAGUUAAGAGUUCUUGGAAGGAGUGUCAGAAUGCAGCUCUCGAUGAGGAGGACCACAGUAAGAUCUUGAGACCAAAGUGGAGAGAACAGUGCAAUAAGGUCGAGGACAUGGUGUCUCCGUUGAAGAGUAGGCUGCCGGAUAAAGAUUUCAGUCCGCCAUCAUCGUCUAAAGAUUCACCGACAAGGAGGAGAGGGUUCUCCAUGCCGGAGGUUCUAAAUAAGAACCGUCUUGGCGAUGAGAAUAGACAAGAAUCGCAGCUUCCACCUGCUUCUACAUCUAAGCGCAAGGAAAGUAACAUCUCAGAUGAUUCGGAAGUCUUUCUUAAUGAUCAGAUUGACCUCGAGGGGGAUGACGAGGAUGUUGACGAAGCCGUACGAGACAAAGAGCAGAUUCUUACGGAACACGUUAAAAGUGUCUCCAUGAGCACCAUUCAAGAGUUCAACACGCUACUAUCGCAGACUGGUGACGGCCAUUUUGAGUUCCCGUCGCUGAAUCGUCCGUCGUCGAGGGAGGGUGAUCUUGAUUCCGUUGAGCCUGAAUCUUCGGAUUGGUUGAAUCAAAGUCUCGCUGGGUCAGAGUUCAGCGAAGCGUCUUCAAGACCUUUCUCAGCCUUCAGGACUUUUAUGUCCGAUACCAAUGAGUUGCACAACACUCAGUCGAGUGGUCUUAGCAGUGAGCGUAGCCAGAGCUCAAGUACAAACUUCUCCGAGUCCGAGGGGGAACUACUUCACUGGAAGAAGGGCAACAUAUUAGGAAGAGGGGCAUUUGGAGUGGUUUACUGUGGUCUCACCAACACUGGCCAGCUCAUUGCCGUUAAGCAGGUGCAACUAAGCGACAAAGACAAUAAGCACAAGUCAAGACAACAAUAUGAGAAACUCCAGGAAGAGGUUGAGCUUCUUAAGACUCUAAGACAUAGGAAUAUUGUUGGGUUCUUGGGCGUUUCCCUCGAGGGUAGCACAGUCAACAUCUUCAUGCAGUUCAUCCCCGGUGGUUCCAUCGCAUCCCUUCUGGCCCGCUUUGGGGCCCUGGAAGAACCAGUAUUCUGCCGUUACACAAAACAGAUUCUACAAGGAACUGAGUACCUUCAUUCAAAAGACGUCAUUCACAGGGACAUCAAAGGUGCCAACAUCAUGUUGAUGUCCAACGGGGUAAUCAAGUUGAUUGACUUUGGCUGCGCUAAACGGCUCUGUAUCAACAUCAGCCAGAGUCAGAACCUUCUGAAGUCAAUGAGGGGAACACCGUACUGGAUGGCACCCGAAGUUAUAAUGGAGACCGGUCACGGCAAGAAAUCAGACAUGUGGAGCAUUGGAUGCACCGUCUUUGAGAUGGCUUUGAGAAAGCCACCGUGGUCUGAGAUGCAACCAAUGUCGGCCAUCUUUGCCAUCGGGUCAGGCUCAGGCCCUAUACCACAGCUGCCUGAAAAGUUCUCUCGCCAGGCAAGAGAGUUUGUCAAUGCCUGCCUAACACGGGAUCAGAAUGAGAGACCAACAGCGACUCAGCUUCUGACUCACAGCUUUAUAAGGAAGAGGCGAGAGCGAGGACGCGACAGAUUCGAGACGAGAAUCUCAUCCUCGACCCUUGAGGAUGCAAACAUCACAUUCAAGGAGCAUCCAGCUUCAGAGGACGACAAGCGGGAUCGGGAGAUGAAACGGCAGAGACGAGAUCACUUCUCCUGAACGGCAACUUUCUUGAGACAAGAAUGUCCUCCUGGACUCUUGGGGAUGCCACGUCACAUUAAAGGAGCAUCCGGCUUCAGAGGAUGAAAAAAGAGACCGGGAGAUGAAACGGCAGAGACGAGAUCACUUCUCAUGAACUGUAACUUUCUUCAGACAAGAAAAUCCUCCUUGAGGAUGCAAACAUCACAUUCAAGGAGCAUCCCGCUUCAGAGGACAACAAAAGAGACCGGGAGAUGAAGAGGCAGAGGCGAGAUCACUCUUCAUGACCGGUAACUUUCUUGAGACAAGACAAUCCUCUCUGACAUGAGAUACGUGAUAGUCCUAGGCCUCACAACCAGAAGAAAUCAUGAUACAAAAUGCAAGGUAAUUUCUGUUUAAUUUGAGAUCUCAAAGAAAGACCAUCGUCCCUGAGAAAAACCUUGCAAUGAGGCCAUCUUUGAGACUUACAAACAGGAAAGAAAUUGGGAGGCAACAAACCGUUUCUUAAAUUGUUGUGACCUACUUAAGAUACAAAACUUCUCUUGGAAAAUACUUUUAAGGAUUGCACCAUCUUUGAAGUUCAUGAUUGUUGGCAAAUCAGAUGUGAGAUCAUUUGAAAGGUUUAAAAGUGGUGUUAAGGGUGGUGGGUGACGGUGGUAGGUUUAGGGUGGUGUUUUUUAACGAGAUAUCUAUUACGGAAUAUCUGAUACAAGUGUUUGAGUAAUAAUCUUGCCUUCUACAUGUAGUAUUAGGGCAUUAAACACCAAAGAUAUAUUUUGUAUCAAUUUUCAUAUCAUGGCUCAAGUUUUUUAUAAACAAAAUAAUUGUUGGAUAUAUAUUUGUUGCUGCAUUUUCUUUUUUAAAUAAGAUGCGCGUUGGCUUGAUAGUUGCAAGUGCCAGUUUUUGCAAGUUUUGUAUUUCUUUUGUAUUUCUUUUCUAAAUUAUGAUCCAAAGUGUGUAAUUUAUGCAAAAUAAAUUUUCUGCCUUACAAUUUUUUGAAGAAAUAAAAUAAGACAAAUUCCAUCCAGAAUAAAAAAAUUUCUUCGUCCAUCACGUUUGAAAUCGUAAACAUUUUUUCAGCACUAAAGAAAGUUUGGUUUAUAUUUGAUGGUUUUCAAUGUGCUCAGUAUCAUGAUUGCAAAUAAAUGAAUAAGCAAAUAAAUGAAUAAAUUAUUUAGUUACUAUACAGAGUGCCUUAUAGAUUACCAUAUUUAAUGUUAAUGCAAAUAAUGGAAUAUUGGUGAUUUCUGCAAAAUUAAACUAGUGACAAAAUUAUCUGCAGUUGUCACUGUUUCAAUCGAUUAGAUUGACUUUCAAUCUAACACUUUAAGAAAUAAUAAAAUUCACAACCAAACAUUGAGUCAUUGCGAAUUACCAAUUAUUGUAUCCAUAUAUAAUAUUCAUUUUGCAAAGACAUUAAAAUGAGGGUUAUAACAUGCAGUAUAAUUUAUUUAUAUUUUCUCAACUUUCCACUUUCUUUUCCCUUUUUUGUUUGAAAUUUCCAAAAAGCUUGUUAUUUUUUGUUAUUUUUUGUUAUUUUAAGCAUUUUUUCUCUCAGCACUUUUGUUUUAGUCAUGUACUUUACCUCCGUUUCCCCUUUCUAACAAAUUAGAUACUUCAGAUUCCAGCUUACUUACAGCAUAUGUCAAGGGUUAGCUCUCUCUUAGCAGCUCUAUGAAAUUGGCCCCUACUCUAACUUUAGAUAUGAUAGUCAUGGUAUUUGUAUAAAUUUCGGUUGGUAUUGGCAUUAGACAAUUAUUUCUUUUAAGUGUAUAUAGGAUGGGCUGUAUAAAUAUUGUACUAUAUAAUGAAUUAUAAGAUUAAUUUAUUAUUUCUGUUUACGUUUUCUAAUAAUAUAUUACUUGUUUCAGCUGUUUAAAAACGACAAUUGGUACACAAAUGUCUCUUGAAAGUGUUGUUUUGUGUUGGUGUUUCUGUAGGCAAAGGUCCUGUUUCUAUUUGUUAAAAAUUGAUCUCUAGGACAAGUUUCUUUUGGAAAUGGUGUUGCUUUUGGAAAUAUAUGGUUCUUUGUUAAUAAUAUGUUUCUUUCGGAAAUGAUAUUUCUUUUGGAAAUGUAUGGUAUUGUUGUAGUAUUCCACAGUAUUUUGACAUUCUCCUGUCUUUAUUACACAAAAGGCCUUCAUUGCACAGUCAAUGUGAAAUAUAUAUUUUAUUUUGAACUAUUAGUUCCUUUUGGAAAUAUAUGUUUCUUUUGAAAUAUAUAAGUGUUUCCUUUGGAAAUAUUUUGUUCCUUCGGAAAUGUAUAUUUUUGUGUGUGUUGUCUGAGACAGUUGUUUGACAUUUCUCCUGUUUUUUUUUCUACAGAAAAUGCCUUCAUUGCAAAAUCAAUGUCUUGAAGUUUUUACUUGGUUGAUUUUAAUGAAAAAAAAAUAACUAUUAUAUGUAUAUUAAGAAUUGUAUCUGUAUUUAAAAAAAGUGUCUUCUAUGUUGUACAAAUUAAUAAGCAAUAUUCGUAUUGAUAAAAAUUGCUGUUUUUUCCCUCAGCAAAUAGCAAUAACAAAGUAGUUUUUACAAUUAUUUUAUCAAGGUGUGUACAUAUUAUUUACUUUCAGAAAAUCAUGUAAUUUGUUUCUUGUUUUGUUGUUUGUUUGUCUUACUACGCCAAGGCAAAGCUUGUGAAAGAUUAAGUGAAAAAUGUUGAUACAAAUAUUUUGCGGUGAAGAAUAUUUAAUAAAGCUGUAAUAAUGUGACAAGAA